AUGUCGUUAUUCAGCGUACAGACGAAAAAGCACGCAGCUUACUACGACCAUCUAAUGUCAACGACUAGGACCCAAGGCAGAGAUUGCUUAGCCGAGAGAAAAGCAGUCAAAAGUCUGGCCAAGUGUGAUCCACCACCCGGGGACCCUGCGCGUGAGGACAGCGAUAAAAGCGGCAGCCUUAACCGGACGUAUGUCAUCUCUGCGCUGUCAAGAAGCGGACAGACACCCUACCGCGGCCGGCUCACUCUUCAAAGGAGGUCACGGCGAAAGACUGGAGCUGAUAGUGCUGAGGACACGGUGGUGGAGCGCAGCCAAAAUAAUGUCACACCAGCACCCGAGAAGAGAAUGACCUUGCAACGGAGGCCUAAGACGCCCUCCAUGGAUAAAAGUGCUACGGUGCCGCGUGUGGUCAGCAGUGUGAACUCUCACGCAACGCCUCAAGUCCUUCAGGAAUCCAAUGGUAGGACUCCUACUUUAUACCGCUCCGUUAGCUCGAGAGAGACUGCGAGUAAAGGACGAGAGGCCGCAAAUCAAGUGGAAACACAAGGGAAGCAGGCGCCCAACAAGACGCCAUCCUCCUCCUCCCAGUCACUAUCCUCCACAGGCAGGCCAUCAGAUGAGCAAUCCCAGACGUUCAAAACCCCGACUAAAAAGACACCGUUUGUCAAAAUCGCCGCACGGAGAGACGUCUUCGAGAAACUGACUGUGAAAGAAUCCCCGAAACCGGUCAAAUUAAUAAGUUUAGACAGGUCCAAAUACAGGGUGAGCAAGCAAACACAGGACAGCAAACCAAUCCCAGUUCCUCGAAGAAGUAGGACAGGUGUGCUUAAAGGAACCCCAGCGUCACAGGUGAGGGCUACUGCCACAACCUCUUGCUUAAGGCCAGAAAAUACCAGGACGCCAACAAUCACGUCUGCUACAGCACCUAGACAGUCCUUGCCCCGUCCCAGUGAGACCUCCAAGACACAAGACUCACUAAAGAUGGAGAACAGUGCAGUGACCGUGGCAGUGCGUGUUCGCCCUUUUAAUGCCAGGGAGAAGGCAGAAAAGGCCUCACAGGUUAUCUUCAUGAAUGGCCAGGAGACAGUUGUGCAGCAUCCAGACUCAAAACAAAGUUAUUCCUUCACCUACGACUUCUCCCUGUGCUCUGUGGAUUCGAGUGAUCGCUCCUUCGCCAGCCAGCAGAUGGUGUACGAGGCUCUGGCAAAGCCUCUGCUGCUCUGCGCUUUUGAUGGAUUUAACACCUGCCUCUUUGCUUAUGGCCAAACUGGCUCUGGAAAAUCAUAUACGAUGAUGGGCUUUGGAGAGGAGGCUGGAGUUAUCCCUCGGUUUUGCCAGGAACUUUUUUUGAGGCUUUCUUCCAUGGAAAAUGAACAGGUCAAAUGUCAUGUCGAGAUGAGCUACUUUGAAGUCUACAAUGAGAAAAUCCAUGACCUCCUUGUGACCAGAGAUGAUCCAAACCAGAUGAGGAUGCCUCUGAGGGUGAGGGAGCAUCCGAUUCAUGGACCCUAUGUUGAAGAGCUAUCAGCGAAUGUUGUGGGAUCUUACAGUGACAUUCAGGGAUGGUUUGAACUGGGAAACAAGCAGAGAGCCACAGCUGCCACUGGGAUGAACGAUAAAAGCUCCAGAUCUCACUCCGUCUUUACCCUUGUUAUGACUCAGACUAAGACCGAGUUGGUGGAGGGAGAAGAACAUGACCACAACAUCACCAGUAAGAUCAACCUGGUGGACUUGGCAGGCAGUGAACGGUCUAACGCUGCACAGACAAGUGGAGAUAGACUCCGGGAGGGUGCCAGCAUAAACAAAUCUCUGCUGACACUUGGAAAAGUCAUCUGUGCACUGGCUGACCAAGCAUUAACUAAGAAGAAGGUCUUUAUACCCUACAGGGAGUCUGUUCUCACAUGGCUCCUAAAGGAGAGUCUCGGUGGCAACUCCAAGACGGCCAUGAUUGCCACGCUGAGUCCAGCAGGAAGCAGUGUUGAGGAAAGCUUAAGCACUCUGCGCUACGCCCAACAGGCCCGCACGAUCAUAAAUGUGGCCAAGGUCAAUGAGGAUACAAAUGCAAAGCUCAUCCGAGAGUUGAAGGCGGAGGUGGAGAAGCUGCGAGCCGCCCAAGCGAGCACCCGAGGUAUUGAACCGGAGCGGGUUAGGCUCUUCCAGCAGGAGAUCACAGCUCUGAAGAACAAACUCUGCCAGCAAGAGCGAGAGAUGGUUGAGGCCAACAGGGAAUGGAGAGAGAAACUUGAGCAAGCGGAAAUACGCAAACGUGAAGAAACAAAAGAGUUGCAGAAAUCAGGUGUGACAUUUAAAGUGGAUAACCGUCUCCCCAAUCUGGUUAACCUGAAUGAGGACCCUCAGCUGUCUGAGAUGCUUCUCUACAUGAUUAAAGAGGGUCGAACUACAGUUGGCAAACUCAAGUCUGACUGCACACAUGACAUCCAGCUGACCGGAGCCCUCAUUGCUGACCAGCACUGUAUUAUAAACAACACUCACGGUACCAUCAGCAUCACUCCCAUGGAAAAUGCCAAGACCUUUGUGAAUGGAAAGUUAAUAUCAGAAUCAACUGUUUUGCACCACGGAGACAGGGUGAUUCUAGGUGGAGACCAUUACUUACGUUUCAACCAUCCAGCAGAGGUGCAGAGUGGAAAGCGAGUAUCAUGUUGGACAGGUGCAAGCGAUGGCUACAAAGACUUUGAGUUUGCCAAAAAUGAGCUGCUUGCGGGUCAGAGAGCUAAGCUGGAGGCAGAAAUUGAAGAGGCUCAGGUGAAGGCCAAAAAGGAAAUGAUGCAUGGAAUCCAGAUGGCCAAAGAGGUUGCCCAAAAAGAGCUGUCCGACCAGAAGGCCCUCUAUGAGGACAGGAUACGAGCAAUGGAAAAAGCGCUGAACGAGGAAAAUGAGCGUAAGCGUCUCCAGGAGCUCGACCAGCAACGGGUAGCCAGCCAGAUGGAAGAACUGAAGAUGGCCAAUAUAGAGUUAGAGCAGGAGGUGGACUCCCAGAAGAAACGCCUUCGUCUACACAUGGAGGCCCAGGUGAUGGAGGAACACCAUGUGUCUCAAGCGAAGAUUGUUGAGGCAUUGGAACUCGAGAAGAGAAAGCUCAGCAAAGAGCUUGAAGAAAUGCAGAGGAAGCGAGCUAUGAGGUUAAUCAACACUCCAAAAGAUGCGUCUCCACGCUGGGAUGCAAUGAAACUCUCCUUGAUGGUUGAAGAAGCCAAUAAGAUCAGCGCUAACUUGAAGAAAAACACAAUCUUCAGCAGACAUGAGAGCUCCGACAAUGUCCAAGGGGAUGUGUUGCAAGUGCGGGUCCAAAACACAAAGCUGGGGAUUUCUACUUUCUGGAGCUUGGAUAAGUUUCAAAACAACAUGGCUGUCAUGAGAGAAAUGGAACAGGGAGAUCCAUCUUCGAAAAAUGACGAUGUGUUCUAUGCCCCUGAUGAUGAGUGGGAGCAAGAUAUAUCAUCUUCCUCUGCUUCGUCUUCCACCUUUUCACGUCGAAGGAGCAGGAGUUUAUUAAAGGGCAAGAGAAUCUCAGGGCGUCUUUAUGAGAUCCGUGUUCAUCCCAUUCAGAGUCUUCUUAAGGGCUCUUCCCACUCUGAUGGGUUAAUGGGCGUUGCCACACCGCCCUCCACACGUUGCAGUUCCACAGAAUCUUCAGUGCCCGGUAUCUGCAAGGAGCUGGUGGGCCAAUCAGUAGCCCGUCUACGUGGCUUUGGAGGCACUAAAGAGAGCUUGGCUGAUAGAUUGGUCUCGGAUCUGCACUGGGUAUACACAGCUAUCCAGACCAUAUCUGAACUGUAUGACAGUUUAGAUGAUGACAGCCAAGAAAAUGUGUUUGUGUGUAACUUGUCGGCUCAGACUCAGCUGAUCAGGGCCACCGCAGCUACAGAGAGUGCAGUGUUUGUCAUCAUGCAGUGGUUGGCCAGUGUGAAAGCCUCCUCCGGCACACUCUACACUCUUGCUGAGGAACUCAAGUGCCAAGUCAAGAAGAUGGGAGGAUUUCUGCAGCUGCUCAUUCAGGGUUGCGAAUCUGAGAUCUCAUCAAUGGUGGGUGAAGCACGAAAGAAGAGCGGUCGGUGCCUGGGUGCAGCAUUGUUUGCACUCAGCCACCUGGCGGUGUUGUCAGGCAUGCCACUUAGUGAUGUGGAGCUGGGUAUCCAGGCCACAGGCAAGGCAUCAUUCGUAGCACAUCUGCUGGAAGGAACAAAUAAAGGUGUCAACUCCGUUUUAGAAGACAGCCUCAUCACCACCAAAGAAAUGAUGAGAGAGGCUCAGCUUGCUCAUCCAAGGGACCCAGUCCUGCAGUGCCUCAAGUCCAAGAUGCUUGAUUUAGCCCGCUCCCUGCAGAACUACAUCCAUUGUCGUAUUACGCAGGAGCGUGAAAAUGACAAGCAAAACGAAGACGAAAGAGACGAAGAGGCUUCAGUUUCUAAAUUGCAGACUUUGAGGGCUACAGCAGCCACAUUCUUCAAGUUAAACCAAGCCAUCAAGGAGCUGCACUGCUCUUUGUCUAACACCCUGAAAGGUAAAGAUCGACACUCUGCGUUCAGCAGCUGUAGAGAGCUCAUCACUUCUUCCGCCAAGACUGUUGAUGAGAUUAUCAGUGGUUUCUCCAAGGGAGCUGUUGGGCUUUCUCUGCAUCCUUCCUCUGGCCAAACUCUGAUGGCUGCACAAGAUGAGCUGCACCGUGCCCUGCAGUCUCUGACUUUGCCUUGGGAUCAGCCGGAAGCUGUCGAGAACAGGAACACCGUCAUGUUAGAAGAAAGCAAAGAUGAUCCUAGGGAAUAUGGCAACUCUCGCUCUGCAGACGGAAAUCGAGCCAUUAAUAAGCUUGUACAUUCCCUCCCUGCGGGUGUUGUGGCCAAUGGUAGCCCACGUUGGGUGUAAUAGCUUAUGAGAGAGGAAAUUAAGACUGUUGCUAUCUACAAUAAUACAAUAUGAAUAAGCAGCUUUAU